UUGUGACCGCAGGAGCGAAUAUUCGCAUUGUGAAAUUAGGGUUAGGGUUCAUUGUAUAUCUCUAGCCUUGUAUAAAUACUCAUUUUUCCUCAAACGCUCGUUCUAUCUUGUAUCAUACACUCUCUCACAGUCACUACUGAAAGCAUCUCAAAGAGAGAGAAAGAGAAAGCAUCAUGGCAGAACAAACCUUUAUCAUGAUUAAGCCCGAUGGUGUUCAAAGAGGCUUGGUUGGAGAGAUUAUUAGCAGAUUUGAGAAGAAGGGAUUUUACUUGAAAGGUUUGAAGCUCAUCACCGUCGACCGCCCUUUUGCUGAGAGGCACUAUUCUGACUUGUCUGCAAAGCCUUUCUUUAAUGGAUUGGUCGAAUACAUUAUCUCUGGUCCAGUUGUUGCCAUGGUCUGGGAGGGCAAAGGUGUUGUCGCAACUGGCCGAAAGUUGAUUGGAGCAACAAACCCCUUGGCAUCUGAGCCUGGAACUAUCCGUGGUGACUUUGCCAUUGACAUCGGAAGGAAUGUGAUCCACGGAAGCGACUCUGUUGAGAGUGCCACCAAGGAAAUCGCAUUGUGGUUCCCUGAGGGCCCUGCUAACUGGCAAAGCAGCCUCCACUCUUGGAUCUAUGAGUAAAUUUAUAAACUCUCAGGUUGAUCAUAAAAGUUGUGCCUUAAUUUGAUCCCAGAGUUGCUACUGGUUUUGUUUAUUAUCCCAUUGUUGGGACUUUGUUUAUUAUGGUACUGGUUUGUUUGUCAAGCCAUAGUUGUGUCAUUUCUGUUAUAUUAUAGUCUGAAAAAAAAAAUCAAGCAUCAAACUAGUUUACUUUUUCUUCCUGUGGAUUAUUAUAGUGCUUAUGAGUUAUGAGCCGUUUAUUAUGA